AUGUCAGCGACGACAUACGAUUGCAUUGUCAUCGGCGCCGGAUAUGCCGGGUUGUCCGCCGCGAGGGCGCUGUUGGACAAGGGCAAGUCGGUGCUUCUGCUAGAAGCGCGCGACCGUGUCGGCGGCCGGGCAUGGACCAAGCACCUUGACGAUGGCUCGUACGAGGACUACGGCGCCAUGUUCCUGGGCGUCGAGCAGCCGAAUAUGCACCGCCUCGCGGCCGAGUUCAACAUCUCUGUGUUCGACGUCACCACCAAGGGUAAGAGCGUGCUGACCUACCGUGGCCGAAGCAAGUCGUACUCGCCAACGGGCCUACCCCCUCUGUCAGCCGUGUCUCUGCUGUUUCUCGCUAGGGCGGUCCGCUCGUUCGAGGAGCUGUGCAAGACGGUCGACCUGGAGGAGCCGUGGAAGACGCCGCGUGCUCACGAGCUCGAUAACCAGACCAUCGAGCAGUGGAUCCGGGCCAACUGCUGGACCAAGGGUGCGAGAGAUACUUUGCGCAUGGCUUUCGAGCUGUUUUGGGGCCUGGGCACCUCACAAGUCAGCCUUCUCCAUGCGCUCUGGUAUAGCAAGUCGGGCGUCAGCUUCACGGUGCUGGGCACCAUCGACGAGGGCGCGCAAAAGGAGCUCGUUAUCGGCGGCGGACAGGCGAUUGCGAAUGCGCUCGCCAAGUAUCUCGGCAGCGCGGUGCACCUCGAGGAGCCUGUUGUUCAGAUCGAUCAGCAAAGCGAGAGUUGCGUUCUGGUGAAGACCACGAAGAGCACAUACCAGGCCGCGCGCGUCAUCGUGGCAGUGCCCCAGGCCAACAUACUCCGUCUCGAGUUCUCCCCGCCGCUGCCGCCGCAGAAGAUGAAACUUCUGCAGAACAUGCCGACCGGCCAGUACUGGAAGAUCGUCGCCAUGUACGACUCGCCGUUCUGGCGCAACAACGGGCUUCGCGGCGAGGCCAUCUGCCCGGACGGAUACAUGGCGCUGAUCAACGACGUGUCGCCGCACGACAGUCGGUAUGGGAUGCUAGUCGCUUUCAUUGCCGCGUCCAAGGCCAUGGCGUUCCUUGACAUGGACCACGAGCAGCGGCGCAAGAUCCUCCUGCGGGAGUUGGAGCUGAAUUACGGCAAGGAGGCGGCGCAUCCCAACAAGCUGACGAUGCACACAAUGAUGGCGGAGGAAUGGUCGACAGGUUGCCCUGUCGCGGCACCGACGCCCGGGACGUGGACGAGCAUGGGCCACUGGAUUCGCAAACCGGUCGAUCGGGUUCAUUGGGCGGGCACAGAGACGUCUUCGGUCUGGAGUGGAUAUAUGGAGGGGGCCGUGCAGUCUGGCCUUCGGGCGGCUGACGAAGUCCUCAAAGCCCUGUGA